CGCAAAGCCACUCAUCGCUUCUUCUCUUCUCCCCUGGUCCCCUCUGCGCCUCUCUGAGGGCCGUAAUGUCCCUUCCCUUCGGCCUGAUCUUUGCCUUUUUCUUGGUCCUCUGUGGUGCUGCGGCCGCGGUCCACCUCGAGAGCUUCGCCCGCUUCGUGCCGACAGAGGGCAGCAGCAGCGAUGUGAAGCUGUCCUUCAGCCACCACCAGACCACUCUGCUGUCCGACGGCGGCGAGGGAGAGGCCAUCUUUGUGAGCUCUCUCUUUCCCCUCUUCCCAGGCGAUGUGCUCAACACGUGAGGCACUCACACACAACACCGCACCGCAAGGCUGCACUGCAUGUUUGCUCUUGCUUGUAGGUAUCCCUUUGACGUGCCGAUUCCCUUGCCGCGCCAGCCGAUGGCAAUCCGCUCUCUGUGGGUCGAUAUUGUCGACGAAAGGAACGUCAGCGUGCCCCUCGAUGAGGUAAUGCGUCAACGCCGCACACUCACCCACACCCACACACACAAGCAGCUGAGGCCGUGUGUGUGCGUGCGUGUGUGUGUGUGUCUUCAGGUCUAUACACACCACUGGUCUUUGUUCUACACUUUGCCCGGCGACGAAGGCAGAAACCUCGCACGCGCACUCAUUGUGGGCGCCGAGACCAGGGGUCAGUCACCACUGCACACACAGGCAGUAUAGUUCGCUGCAUGGUGGCCUGUUGGUUGCUCUGUCAGGGACGCCGAUGAUAUCGCUGAGCCCCCCUUUUGCCUUCACGACGACCGGCGAGGAGUCCUGGUGGCUCAACAUGCACCUGCUGAGGACAGACAACGUGACCAAUGUGCGAGCCUGCCUUCAGGUGAUCACACAGCCACAGACACACAACACAACACACCAAUUGGCCACGCAAUGCUGCUUGUUUGUGCCCUUCAGUGCCGCUGCGCCCCCGACGGCCGUCACGGGUCGCUGAAGUGCUGCCAAGACGGCACCCACUGCCACAUUUCGUUCGAGGGCCAGCGAUACUGACCCUUUUGACGACCCCGCCCACUGCCCAGACUGCAACUCAAACACCGAUGACAUCUUCCGGCCGCCAAUCCACCUCUUCUACUUCGGCACCAGCCCAGCCGCCAAGUACUAUCGCGUUAGGUACACUGUCCGCUACGGCGAUGUCACCCCGGACGUCAAGCCAGUCCGCGCCAACAUGGGCCUCGACAUCGUCAAGGGCAAACAGGAGUACAACGUCUUCCCAUGCGCCCCCAAAGAGAGUGAGCCUCUCGCCGCCUUGCGGCGGCUGCUGUUCGGCGGGGAGGACAGCGAGUGAGUCCACACCAAGAGGGUGACUGUCGUCGUCAACCAGCCCUUCCAUCUGAUCACUGUCCGCUCCCACCUGCACGUGGGCGGCACCAGUGCGUCUGUGGCCGGCGUGAGGGAGCAGUGGCAGUGCGACAUGCGGGCCAUCUACGGCACCACGCCACGCAAGGCUGGCGACGAGCUGGGCUAUGUGACGGGCAUCACCCAGUGCAACUACGGUGAGGGCGAGAGGGUGCUGCAGACGGGCGACUUGAUGCGGGCGACAGUGCACUACCAGCGCGACAGACACUAUGCCGGUGUGAUGGGCGCUGUUUUGUUCGUGGGGUACUACCCCGGCGACACGGCGGCAUCGACGUCAUGGGAACUCUCGGCCAAGCAGGUGUCCUACGUCAACGAGACGGACAGUGAUGUGCGUGUGUGAAUGAGUGUGUGAAUGUGUGAAUGUGUGAAUGUGUGAGGGGAGACAUGUUCAGAUAAGAUUUGAG